CACAAAUAAAUGCGAGGCUUCCUGCUAGGAUGUUGGCAUUACCUAAUCUUUGCUCACACGCCCCAAAAUCCAGCACCAGCCAAGCCUCGCUCUACUCCAUAAAUGUGUGUCACCACUUUAGUACUAUUGCUUUUUUCUUCACUCUAUUCUAGAAUCAAAACCCGCUACUUAGUGUGUCCCCCCGGAGUUGCAGCAAGCCGACGGUCCUCGGAGCAAUAUCGAUCAUCUUUUUGUCUUCUUCUUCUUCUUCUUCUUUGUUUCUUCUCCCAAAUCUCCCCAUCAUCACACGCAAAUAGGGCUUUUGUCGUCACGCCGUGUCCAGCGUGUGACCUGGUUGGAAGAUCCCGCUUCGCCCCCCCCCUCCCGGGUGGCUUCCGGAUUUCACAAUAUGCGGAUUAAUCCCAGCGACGGGGGGGCCGUUUAGCCGCCGUUGCAGCCGAAAUGCUGGCUCUUUGUUCACUUGAUUUCUCAGCUUAGUCGAUAGAGGUAGAGAGGGGUGUAAAAAAAAAAAAAAAAAAAAAAAAACAGCGAAGAAAGCAUGAGAUUGGAAAGCUGAUGCUCAGUCGUGAGGCCAAUGGUAUGGCUGA